GAAAGCUGAGGCUGAAAGAGAUUGUGCCUUGCUUAAGGCUGCCAGGUGUGAGAGGAGGUUUGAACCAGGACUACCUGGUGCACCUAGCCACUACAGUAGCUCUCUAAAUAUUUUGCUUUUUAUGCUUGGUUCUGGGAUGGCUCCCUAUGAAAAAAAGAAAAUAAAAGCAGCCAAAGACCUCCAGUUCCUGGACUUAGGAACAGGUAUGCCGAAGAUGGCCCAUCACAUGAAAUUCGUCGCCCGCACAGUGAUGGUCCCCAAUGGCAACGUGGAUGCAGCAUACCGAGUCCUCAACAGGAUCCUAACUAUGGAUGGGAUCAUUGAUGAAGCCAAGCGGCGGCGGUAUUAUGAGAAACCAUGCCGCAGGAGGCAGCGGGAAGCCUACGAGACGUGUCGGAGGAUCUAUAAUGCAGAAAUGGCCCGGAAGAUCAACUUUCUCUCACGGAAGAAUCGCGCGGACCCUUGGCUUGGCUGCUGAGCUCAAAGGCUUCAAAGCGUAGACUUCUGCAAAACCUGCCUUUGCAGUAUGUCCUCUUGAUGGCUUUCUGAACAAUGCUGACUGAAUAAGCCCCUCUCCCAAGUCAGCCACUUCAGUGGAAGCUCUCGAAGACUGGCUCCCCCCUCUUUUUUUCCAAUUUGAAAAAUUCUGUAUGUCAAUUAAAAGAAAACAUUGUAGCAUUUGUCAGAAACAAA